CCCCCCAAAUCGCGUGUGAAUACAAUCGAGCUUAAUUGUUAAUUUAAUACCAAAAAAAUAAAUAAGAAAACUACAUACAAGGCAGUGAACUUGACCUUCGAUGUGAGACAAUAACAAGCUUUAUAAACAAAAGUUCUCGAUGAAAGUUAAAGUGUUGCUUGAUCAAUUAUUAUAUUAAAUCAUAACAAAUACUGAUCAUUAUAUAGUUUCUGAAGUUAUCCCCCUUGAACCCGAUUAUUUUGUUGUAUUAAUUUCUUAUGGUGUGACGCCAUUAGUGAUAACAAUUUGUGCGAUAACACUGCGGACUCCCAGAUGACGUCAAAUAUAAGCCCGUAAUGAUUUAAUUAAAAGAGAUAGAGUAUCUGGACAGGUGCUGCUAUCUUGGGCUAUCUUUGCCUGUUUUACCUGCUGUUUUACCCUGUUUAUUUUUGGAGCCCACAAAAAACUAAGCGACAUUAGUUUCCCGGCAACAUGUCCGAUGUCUGGUUGGGUGUCUUCAAGGUGGCCCUAAUUGUGGGCGUCACCUCGCUGGUGGUCACUCGGAACGCUUACAGUCGAAGAGGUGUACAAGGACCGCGACCAAUUCGCGGCCUUGGUCCGCGAAGUCGCCGCUCCUGACGUGGGCCGCAUGGGCAUCGAGAUCCUCUCGUUCACCAUCAAGGAUGUGUACGAUGAUGUCCAGUACUUGGCAUCGCUGGGCAAGGCCCAGACCGCUGUGGUCAAGCGGGAUGCCGAUGCGGGUGUGGCCGAGGCCAAUAGGGAUGCCGGCAUAAGGGAGGCCGAGUGUGAGAAGAGUGCCAUGGAUGUGAAAUACUCGACGGAUACGAAAAUCGAGGAUAAUACGCGCAUGUACAAGCUGCAGAAGGCCAAUUUCGAUCAGGAGAUCAAUACGGCAAAGGCUGAGUCGCAAUUGGCCUACGAAUUGCAGGCGGCCAAGAUUCGUCAGCGGAUACGUAACGAGGAGAUUCAAAUUGAGGUCGUUGAGCGUCGCAAGCAGAUCGAGAUUGAGUCACAGGAGGUGCAGCGUAAGGAUAGAGAGCUCACCGGCACCGUCAAGUUGCCCGCCGAGGCGGAGGCUUUCCGUUUGCAGACCCUGGCCCAGGCCAAGCAAUGCCAGACCAUCGAGAGUGCCCGUGCCGAGGCGGAGCGCAUCCGUAAGAUUGGCUCGGCGGAGGCCCAUGCCAUUGAGCUGGUGGGCAAGGCCGAGGCCGAAAGGAUGCGCAUGAAGGCGCAUGUGUAUAAGCAGUACGGCGAUGCUGCCAUUAUGAAUAUUGUCCUUGAAUCGCUGCCCAAGAUUGCCGCCGAGGUGGCUGCCCCGCUGGCCAAGACAGAGGAAAUUGUCCUAAUCGGUGGCAAUGAUAAUGUGACCAAUGAUGUGACCCGCCUGGUGGCCCAACUCCCGCCAUCGAUCAAUGCUUUGACCGGUGUGGAUCUAUCCAAGGUUCUCUCCAAGAUACCUGGGGCCAAGGCGUGAAAUCUAAUGGAAUGGGAUGAUAUCCAGCACAUGGCAAUGACAACGUAACGCAGCGCAAAGGAAUUGUAAACCGGAAAAAGGAAAUACACAGCAGAGGGGAAGGCAGAAGGAGCAGCAGAGCAGAAGGAGAGAGCUGAAAAG